AUGGUGCAUAGUUUAGAACUGGCCACUGCCAGCUCAAGUCUUGGGAAACCCCAAGGCGGGCAUUGCAUCGAGGCAAUACUGCAGGCAGCGGCAGGACAUGGCAUUAAGGGCAUCGAAAUCUGCUACGAAGCAUUACUUCAACACGCAACCCGAAAUGCAGUACCCUUGGAUGAACCUGAAGAGCUUGCCUUGAUUCAGGCCGCAGAGGAUGUGAAAAAGCAAUGUGAUGCUUUGGAUCUUGUUGUUAUUGUUCUGCAACCGUUUCAUUCCUACGAAGGUCUCCUCGACAAAGAGGCGCACCAGCAUGCAAUUCGCAAAUGGUCCCAUUGGCUCGUACUUGCCCAUACGCUUGGCUGCGAUAUUGUUCAGAUGCCUUCCAAUUUCAUGCUUUCGGGCACAACUGGAAACUUUGGAAGAGUCGUUGCCGACUUGGUCGAAAUCGCUGAACUUGCCCUCUGCGCUUCCCCACCUGUCCGCAUUGCGUAUGAGAGUGUUGCAUGGGGUACUCAUUGCGACUCAUGGGAGCAGAGCUGGGACAUCGUCAAAGCAGUCGACAGACCCAACUUUGGGCUCUGCUUGGACACUUUCCACAUUGCUGGUCGAGUUUGGGGCGACCCCUCGGUCCCUGGGGGAAUGAUUCCAGAUGCAGAUGCGAAACUUGCUGCUUCUCUGUCCCGCCUUGUACGCGACGUUGACCCAAACAAGGUAUUCUAUGUACAGCUGUCUGAUGCGGAGAAGCUAUCGGAUCCGCUGGUAGCAGGACAUCCCCUCUAUGUGGAAGGCCAGCCGUGUCGGAUGACGUGGUCACGAGCUGCAAGGCUUUUCCCGUGCGAAGAGCAUCUUGGAGGAUAUCUGCCAGUCUUAAGUGUCGUACGUGCAAUUGUCAACGAACUGGGCUAUCGUGGUUGGAUCAGCAUGGAGACUUUCUCGCGACACCUCUGGCAGUCGGAUUCGAGUGUUCCAAGCCAUUAUGCCAAUCGCGCUGAGUUGUCAUACAAAACAGUGUGGGAGAAACUGGGCUGGGGAGAACUGCUGGAGGCAACUGGGGCUUGA